GUUAUAUAAUUUAGAUACCUAUUGACAAUAUACGAGUAUCCUAUUAUCUGGGAACUCCCUGGUCUGUACAUAUUGAGAAAACAGUCUUUUUUAGGUUUGAACUCUCUGGGACAAUCUAACAAACACAUGGGCUGCAGUUUUGUUAUGGAUACUAGUAUUCCAACCCAGACCAGUAAAUACCAAAUCUUGCAACCUCUAAGCUUAUACUAAUAAAGAACACAUUUUCCUUUGAAGUAUCUCGAUAUGUUUGGUAUCUCAUACGGGGAGCUCUUCCUUUUGAUCGGAGCCACUGCUGCUCUAGUUGGACCGAAGGAUCUGCCUAAAAUUGCAAAAGUAGCUGGAAGAUUAGCAGGUCGAUCAAUUGGAUAUGUUCAAUUAGCUCGUGGUCAGUUCGAUAAUGUUAUGCAACAAUCUCAAGCUCGUCAGGUUACCAAAGAGCUUCAAGAUACAAUGGCACAACUAGAUGCAAUUCGGCAUGAAAUACGGAGUUUAUCUCUUAUGAAUCCUGGUCCUAUGACUAGAAGACUGAUGGAAAAUCCUCCAGAGCUUGCUUCUGAUAGUAAUGGUACAGUUCCAUCUGAGAAAUGUGAAGAAGACAAGAAUUCAGCUGAUGCUGUGAAGAAGGAUCAUACUCCAAAGUCUUUGGCUUCAACUGAUUUGCAUAGCAAAGCAACUGCCUAUGCAAGAUUGGCCGAAUCCGAAGCUGUUAAAGCUGGUUCAGGGAGAUUCAGUGUAGAAGACAAAAAUCUUAAUUAUGAAAUUGGUGAUUUCUCGGUUCUUCCAAUUUCAGCUGAAAGUGCUGGACUCCUUCCAGAUCGGAAAGAAAGUGCAAAAGGAUCAGACCUUGUGUUGGAAGCAGUAGUGGAGGCCGAGGUGGCACAUAAUGCCAAGGAAUUCUUUUCUCUGCCUCAAAAUCAAAUACAGUAAAUACGAAGGUAUUGCUAUUUGGUCCUUUCUAAUCGUCUGAGCAGUAUGGUUAUGUUCAUCCAUGCCAUUUUGCAGGCCUUCUAAAAACAACAAUUUAAUUUAACUUUUGUGCUCUGAUAAAUGCUAGGAUUGCCAUAUGAUUUAUUUCUUUACUUUUAUUUCAAGAAGUUCUCUCAAAUUUCUAGUCGAACUCUUUGGUGUCUACUCUCAAUGUUUGUCAUCUUGUCUCAGACAUUGAAGUGUAUAUAGCUUUGAUAUUGAUGUAACAUUAUUGUUAAGCCUACUUCCCUUUUAGCUUAGAAAAGUAUAAGAUGGUUCCUGGUGAUUAGCCAACUUCCCUUUUAGCUUAGACAAUAACAACUAGCGACACGUAUUGUCGUUGUACCAUACAAACUAACAUCUAACGCAUCCAGCAAAUUAUCUGAGGGGAAGUGCUUUCAUUGAUUCAAUCAAUAAGCUUUACUGCCUUCUGAGUGAGUACAAUAUUCCUGAUGUCUAGUAGUAGGAUCAUAUUGCUUUAUAGUUCGUCAAGAUCUUGCCAUUAAAGUUGAAUUUAGUGACCCUUUUGGUUCCAGACUGGUCCAUUGUUCUGUCUUUGCCAUCACUUUUGGGAGACGGCUUUGUCUUUGAGCUUUUCGACUUGUUCUUUAAACCUGAUAUUUCUACUUGCAGCCCAGAAAAUGAAGAUGGAUGCCGUUGAAUAAAAAAAAAUAAGGUCAGCCCGUCGAACCAAUUGAACUUGGAAUCAGUAGUCAAUUUCAUUCAAACACUAUUUAAAAGUUAAUUCACUUGGUCAAACCGAAAAUCAGAAGUUUGAUCCGAGUAGAAUGUGAUUAAAGUCUAACUCAAGGUUGGGGCCAUAUUGCAUAGUAGAUGUAGCAAUAAGUUCAAGCUUAAACCAUGAAUUUAUUACUACAGGCAUGUUAAAAGCCAGUGGGACAUGUCUUUGUUUCUCAUACAUGAUGAAUGAGAGAUGAUCAGGGAUGUGUUGAAAUCAAGUUGAGUCUGAGCCAAAGUAGUAAGCUGUUUGAGCUCAAUUCUGAAUUCAUUGCUCAAAACAUGGACCGAAAUAUAGUGUUAAUCAAAGUUUAGGGACAACUGGUGUAGUUUAUCCUAACAAUAUUUAAGAGUUUAAGUUUAUCAACUUACAAUUUCUAUGUUUGUUUGAAUGUUUAUAAUUAUUUGAAAUAGGUUUUUCUUAAAAAGAAAUUUCAUAUAUGAAAAUUAAAAGGAGAUUUUUGGACCUACAA